AAUCAAAUUUUGCAGCACCAAAAUGAAAUUCUCUUAUCUGGAUUCUCUACUGUACUUAAAAACACACCAAACGCAACUGAGUUAACGCGGGUUCUGAGUUCUGAUUCGCAUUUCCACCACCAAACAGAAUCAUUCAUACUUGCUAAACAAUUCUCACCGAACAUCAAGAUUCUUUGUCACAAAUACAAGAAAUUGGUGAGUUUUUCAAUGCUAAAAGCAAUACAGAAUCUUGGUUCAUCAACAACAACAACCACAACAACAACAACAGGGUUUGUGGCAUCUUUUUAUAGAUUGAAACCACCACAUGCCACCACAACUAGUGCUUUUGUCUCAAUUUCUUCCAGCCUGUUAUCCUAUUAUUCUCCAAGAACCAGACCCACAAAGCCUCUUCUGUUUUUGACUCGAAAGACUCGAUCUUUGGAACCUGUUCGUGCUCACUCAACUCGGUCUGAGUCUAAGAUGGAUGGCACUUCUUCUUCUUCAUCAGUUGCUGUUCAGUCAUCUGGAAGUGUACGCAAGAUCAAUUUCUGUCAGUGGUGUGGUGGCCAGACAAAACAUGAUAUACCUGAUGGGGAGGAAAAGAUGAGAGCUAUUUGCACAGUUUGUGGGAAAAUUACCUAUCAAAACCCUAAAAUGGUGGUGGGAUGCCUCAUUGAGCAUGAUAACAAGGUCCUACUCUGCAAGCGAAACAUCCAACCAUCAUUUGGCCUCUGGACCCUUCCUGCUGGUUACUUGGAAAUUGGUGAGUCUGCUGCAGAAGGGGCAAUCAGGGAAACCUGGGAGGAAGCACACGCAGAAGUGGAAGUCGUGUCACCCUUUGCUCAUUUGGACAUCCCUCUUAUUGGCCAAACUUACAUAAUUUUCUUGGCAAAGCUGAGGAAGCCCCACUUUUCACCUGGACCAGAGUCAUUGGAGUGCCAACUUUUUUCGCUAGAUGAUAUACCUUUCGAUUCUUUGGCAUUUUCAUCAAUGGCGGUUACUUUAAAGUUGUACAUUGAAGAUGUUAAAGCUGGAAGUCGAAAAUUUCACUACGGCACAAUUAACAAAAGGCCUGGCUCGAGCCCUUCUGAUACCCAUGCCUAUACUCUCGAUAAUCAUUUGCAGUCUUGAGAAACGGGGAUCCAUUUUCCUUUUCACAUGAGGUGUUUAAUAGCUGGGAUUGACCUUCUUUGAUUUUUCAAAUCCAUGGCGGAAGCUGAGGAUGGUGAUGGGACCAGCAUUCUGAUGCAUUGAAGCCAUCGAAGACCAUUGAGCGGAUGUAUUCUGUAACGACCGAGUGUGUGGAAGAGGCAGCCAUUUCUCUGAUGAGCCAUUUCAUCGUACAACCUGUGUUUAAUUGUUAGCUUCACCCUACUUUCCAUCCAAAAUGUACAGAAAUUUACUUCUCUCUUUUGCAUUGAAUAAAGACCUGUUAGCGAGGCUUCCUCUCA